GAACCAGGCUACACAACGAUAUCGACAAGCGUGCAAUUCAAAUUCGAGGCGACAAAAGAUCGAGUGCUGGUACGUUCUGUGUCAGUUGUUAUUUAUUUGACCACAUUUCACGAUUGUGAGUCAUUGCCAGACCAACCCGACCAUGCCUGAGGUGUCCAACGAGUACAAGCUGAACCAGUGUGCUGGCGAUGGCAUCUCCUCCGUCAAGUUUGGCCCCAACACCUCCCAAUUUCUCCUGGUGUCCUCCUGGGAUGAGACAGUCAGGCUGUAUGACAUUGAAUCUAACGUCAUGCGUACCAAGUACAAUCACACCCACGCAGUACUGGACUGUUGCUUCUAUGACCAAACACACACAUACAGUGCGGGACUAGACCACACAUUAAAGACAUUUGACAUCAACACAAAUACUGAAAGUGUGGUCGGUACCCAUGAGGCACCGGUGAAGUGCGUCGAGUACUGCUCAGAUGUCAAUGUCAUUGUGACAGGAAGUUGGGACCAGACAGUCAAGUUGUGGGAUCCUCGGACACCCUGCAAUGCUGGCUCCUUCUCUCAGCCAGAUAAGGUGUACACCAUGGCUGUGUCUGGCGACCGACUCAUUGUGGGCACAGCAGGCCGCAAGGUCCUGGUCUGGGACCUGCGUAAUAUGGGCUACGUCCAGCAGCGUCGGGACUCUAGCCUCAAGUACCAGACUCGCUGCAUCCGGUCCUUCCCCAACAAGCAGGGCUACGUCCUGAGCAGCAUUGAGGGCCGGGUGGCCGUGGAGUACCUGGACCCUAGCCCUGAGGUGCAGAAGAAGAAGUACGCUUUCAAGUGUCACCGGCUCAAGGUGGAUGGGAUCGAGAACAUUUAUCCUGUCAAUGCCAUUGCCUUCCACAACCUCCACAACACAUUCGCCACAGGGGGCUCGGAUGGUUUUGUCAACAUCUGGGAUGGGUUCAACAAGAAACGCUUGUGCCAGUUUCACCGCUACCCAACGAGCAUAUCGUCACUGGCUUUCAGCAAGGACGGGUCUGUUCUGGCCAUCGCAUCUUCCUACAUGUAUGAAGAAGGAGAGCAGGACCAUCCGGAGGAUGCUAUCUACAUCCGACGAGUCACCGAUCAAGAGACCAAGCCUAAGUAGGGGAAGUAAGAUUCCUCAGGGAGACACAGUGUCUGUAAAGUGUACAUACAGUGCCCCUUCUUGUUGCAUUUGGAGACAGUAGCAGAGAUGCUUGUGUCAGCCAAUUAAUGGUUAGUUCAUCAUAUCAACAUGGGAAUGCCAGACAUUGUUUAUGCAAGGCAACACCCUCUACAUAAGCUGGGUGCUUCCCCAUCAACACCCUAGAAGAUAAGUGACAAACCAGCCAUUAAUUAAAACCCCUUCAUGGUGGGAUUAUUUUGACCCUGACUGCUGGGCUGUGGUAUGCCCUGAAUGGAGGGUUUUGUCCAGCAGCAGGCCCCA